AUUGACAUGUGUUGUGGAACCGGAACUAUUGGAAUUGCAUUGUCUAAAAGUCUAGGAAAUAAAAUUGAUAAAGUUAUUGGCAUUGAACUUUGUGAAGAAGCCGUUGAAGAUGCAAAAUUCAAUGCCAAGUUAAAUGGAAUUAGUAAUUCUGAAUACAUUCUUGGUCCUGUCGAAAAGAAUUUAAAGACUUUGUAUUCAUAUAAGAAUGCAGAUGCCGGCACAGCUGUCGCAAUUGUGGAUCCGCCUCGUGCGGGUGUUCAUAAAAAUGUAAUUAAAGCGCUUCGUGAAUGUAAAGCAAUUGAUUAUUUUUUGUACGUUUCAUGCGAUUGCAAUUUGGCCACACAAAAUUUUAUAGAUUUAUGCCGACCCACAACUAAUAACUUCCCAGGAAUUCCAUUUAAGCCGGCUCGAGCAGUUGGAAUAGAUUUAUUUCCACAUGCAAAGCAAGUAGAAUUAUUAAUUGAAUUUCAUAGAGAUAAAGAAUAUCCAACUAAGGAUGCAAAAAGUGAAUAA